AUGCCCCUCCCUCCGUCUCCCCUGAAACUCGCUCACCGCUACCCCUCCAACAUGGACGACUCUCCAAUCUCACCAGGGGCCCCAGGGGUCAAUGUUUUUGCCCCAGAGAGCCCUACGGAGCCCCGAACGCCCCGGCACUCGGCGCCUCCAUCCCCAAUCUUGUCCCGCCAAACCCUGAAUGGCAUGAAUGGAUUCCAUCGGGAAUCGGUAGAUUUCUCCGCCGACGCAGGCGGGAGUGGUCUUGGGAAUCUUGCCGACGAGCUAGCGGAUGCAUGGGAACAAGAAGAAGAUGGUUACGGAUAUGCUUCCGGGCAGGAGAAUGCGACUGGAUCCCAACGAACGGACCAGAGCGACGGCGAGGACGCAUAUCUACAGUCGGUGCGCGACAUGCGCUCCCAGUCACCUACAGACUCUCCAGCCAGAAACAGGUUGCGAGCCGACCAAAUUCGACAGCAUCGACGGCAGGAAUCCCAAUAUGACGGUUCAGACUAUGGGAAUGAUUCAGAUCUCGAAGAGGCGGCCGAUCUCUCCCCCGCAUUGGAAAGCCAGAUGGCCGAUAUCGAGAGCCUUGCGCGACGCGGUAUCGAGAAUAAUGGCAGCGAGAAUGACCAUGUCAUUCAAAGGACAGUAGAGUCGCUGAGGGAUCUAGGUGGACAGAGUGGAAUUGAGAACAGUGCCAUGAGGUUGAUCACUGCCCAUACAUCUAUCACAUCUCACCUUACUCACCAAACCCGCAUUCUUCAAUCUCUUAUCCACCCACUUCUAUUUUCUUCAUUUCCUCUCCUCACCGACGACGCCAUUGACUCCCUUAUGCCUCUGAUUGACGAGGGCCUCUUGCCCAACCUUCCCUAUCCUUUCCCCGAACAAAUCCACCGGGACUCCAGACCAGCCACACCAUCACAAGCAUCCGCCAAUCCGCUUGCAUCUCUCCAAGCUCUUAUCUCUCAAACCGCAGACAUUACCCACUCCCUUCGCGGUCUAAGCGACACCCUUUACGAAUCCCGCCAGCUGACUUCCACGGCAUCUCGUCGAUUAAGAUCCGCGCGGGAACUCGUUUCUGAUAUACGGCGCGAGGAAGAAAGUCGAGAGGAAGGUUCACGGUGGAUCGAACGAGGGGAUUGGGAUCGUCGACUUCAAGAUCGCGAAGCUGGAAAGGAGUGUCGAGAUGUCGUCAGUGGCUUUGAAGCUGUCUGCGGUGAAUGGCGUGAGAGACUCUUUGGAUCUGCCGAGAUGGCAGCCGCAUAA